AUGAACGGCGCCAAAAAAUCUGUGGGGCAAGAACUCUUAGUAGAAAAAAGUAUGGCAUUGUCAUUUGGAGGGCGACCUGCAAAAGAAGGCGAAUACCCAUGGGCUGUGUUCAUAGAAAGAGAUAUUGUCUGCAGUGGAGCUCUUAUAUCUCAACGUCACGUGCUAACAGCAGCUCACUGUUUCACAUCUAACUUCAGCGGUCCUAAGGAGAAGUGCAAUGGAUACAAGAUUACGACCCUACCUACUCCAAAGGAAUCAUUCAAGUUUUGGUUCGGAACGGAAUGUGCCAAGCACACGCACUCAUGCCCCAAACCUAAAACAAGAUCAUCAGCUACGAUUUAUCUAAGGCAAGAUGGAUGCAGAGAUUUACACGACGUGGCAAUAGCUGAGUUGGAUAAACCCGUACCCGAGUCAUUGGCAACACCGAUUUGCACCCCGGACAAAUCAACGAAGAUCCCCAAAAAACUCAAAUUUAUCGGCAAUGGAGUGAUUUCUCCUGACGGACAAACAUUCGGUGGCCACCAAGUAGUAGACCUGGACCUCGACUUACUUAAUAAGGAAAAACUUAUAGUCCAAACUAAAGCUAAAAAUGGAACGGGUUUAUGCCCCGGAGACAGCGGAGGUAUAUUAUUUACAACCGAUAAAAAAGGAAGAAGCACAGCUGUUGGAACGUAUACGGGCGGAGAAACUUGCUAUAUUAACUAUCCAAAGGAUUAUCCAGGGAAAAAGGAGCAUAUCCAACAUGGUACAUUAGUUGUUGAUUAUUUCAGUGAUUUAACGUUUUAUGCAGAUUGGAUAUGUGGCGCCUCAGGUGCAUGUAAUAGUCCCAAUACGAAGGGGAGCCAAAGGAAUAGGAAGAAGAAGAAGAGAACUAUCUCGAUGUAG